GUAUGUGUUGAGGAUAAUUCUCACCUACAACGAUGCUUGAUUUUAGCUCAGUGACUAAAACUGGAUGAGUUAGACAUUUCUGUUUGCUAAAGGCAGUAGAAUGGAGCAGUGAUGGAACAGAUGCAUUCUGGGUAAGUGGAACCUGUAAUUUGCUGAAAUAGAACGAGUUUCAGCUCCAUUACCACAAAGUGGGGAUUGUUUUAUGGUGCCUCUUUUAAAAUGUGGGUUAAGAUAUUUUUGUGAAUGAUGAAAACCUGUCUGGAGUCAACUAGAAGGCCCCAUGUCCCUGUUUUAAUGAGGUGUUACUGAUUAAUCCCUGAUAGCUGGAUUAUAAAUCCACUCGGUCAUAAACACCAUCACCCAUCUUGUGCCUUUUGUGGUGAGUGAUGGUUGUUGCCUGACAGCAAAAACAAAACAAGGUAGAACUAUUUUAUUUGCAUCAUUUAGAAGACUGAGUUGCUAAUUGACCUGUCAAUUUGUUGCCACGGAGACGGAUAUGUUGGCGAAAGUGUCGCAUUGUAAACCAUUUGAACGUAAGCGAGCGCUUUGUUUUUUUAUUGUCUGCUUCUUCAUAACCCACCAAUGAAUCCCAAACACUUCAUUUCCCAGCGUGCCUCGGCGCAGGACUAGCUCAUGAUGUCACAAUAAGUAUAUAUGGGGCUGCAGGGAAAUUUUUCUUCCUCCAUUGUUACAUUGUAACAAACGGGGCCGGGGCGGACCGCGGAGAAAAAAAGCGUCUUCUCGUUACAACCCCCCCAACUAACGACACCAACCGACCGGAACAGAACCGGUCCGCGUUUGCAUUGCGAGAAGACAGCGAGGAAAGCCCAGCCGACCGAACCCGCCCCGGAGAGCACAGAGAGAGACAAGAGGAGGACAACACGAACACUAAUGUCAGCGUAUUUCUGUAUUACAGUCAUUAAACGCCUCACUCGAACGGGGUAACACCUUCGGCUGGGAACAACGUUCACGCUGCACCGAACCGAACAUGCUGGGAAACGAACCCCGGCGAGCCGCCUGACGUCCCUCCGUCUUCCUGCCCUUUAAAUAGAGAGGUAUGCAAGGUUUAAAGGAAAGCCGCCGGGUCUGCCACGAACCUCGUUUCUUCUCCAAAAGCUUUCUCCGUGCAGAACAAUAAGCUCACAGCCUAUUGGCCUCAUAACCGCAGAUCGAAGAGUUUGCAAAACGACAAUCAAGUGUCAGACUCCGGUCUGGUCUCCGGCUGUGGUCCUGGGACACAUCGGUGCUGGCUUCAGACAAAGCGUCUCACCACCGGGGGCAGAGAUUGAUGUGGGAAGAGAAACGACCUCCGAGCCGGCAGGAUUGAGGGUCCCUGUUCCUGCCCAGGUAAGCAGACUUUUUCCUCGUGGCUCGACCUGUGCUGCUGCUGCUGUGGUGUCCUCAGACAGCGGGUUUCCAUGGAGGCAGGUUCGUCCCUAAGCCUCAAACGAAGAUAUGAAGAGGUGGACAACAGCUCUAUAUUCUCCACGCCUAAAGACUCUGACGAUGACAUCUCCAGCAGCGACAGCGCUGACAGCUGUGACAGCCUCAACCCCCCUUCCAGCACCACGUUCACCCCCACCUCCAUCCUGAGACAGCACAAGCCGUCACCGGGGGGGAAGCGGGUGCGUUUCGACAUGGUGACGGUGUAUUACUUCCCGCGGCGGCAGGGCUUCACCAGCGUGCCCAGCCAGGGCGGCAGCUCCCUGGGCAUGGCCCGUCACCACUCGUCCAUCAGACACUACACGCUGGGUGAGUUCGCACGCGAGCAGGAGAGCAGCCACCGACACACUCUACGCCAACACCUGCGCCAGGAGAAGCUCAAUGCACGCAAGAUGAAGCUCACAAGAAACGGGACAGUGGAGUGUGCUCAGGCAGACCUGCUUACGCUGGAGGACGUAUCAGACGAGGACCUGGAUGUGGACGCCGUGGAGGUGGACGACUGCUUCUUCCUUCAGCCGCUGCCCACGAAGCGACGCCGAGCCCUGCUGCGAGCCUCUGGCAUCGCCCGAAUCGAUGCGCGUGAGAAAGCCGAGCUCAGGGCCAUCCGCCUCUCCAGGGAGGAAUGCGGCUGUGAUUGCCGUUUGUACUGUGACCCCCGCCACUGCGGCUGCAGCCAGGCGGGUAUCAAGUGCCAGGUGGAUCGAAUGUCUUUCCCGUGCGGUUGCUCGAGGGACGGCUGUGGAAACGUCGCUGGUCGGAUCGAGUUCAACCCGCUGCGUGUCAGAACUCACUACCUGCACACGAUAAUGAAGCUGGACUUGGAGAAAAGGAGGACCCAGAUACAGGGCGCUGCAGAGCAGUUUGCCGAUUCCGACCCAUCUUCUCCCUCGUCCGUUUGUCCCACUUCCCCGACGCUGUCCUCUGGCGUUGGCCUGGACUCCGAGCUGGAGGAGAGCGAGGCACAUUCAGUGGCAGAGGUUCAGGAUCUCAUGGUAGAGCAGGAGAUCUUGGAGCGAGAGAAUGAGACAGCAGUGCUGCACUUGCAGAGUGCUGAGGAGCAGGAGAGGAGGGAGAGGGAGGAAGCAGAGGGGGAGGCAGUGCAGCAGGAGCUGGACUCUGGUAGACUCACAGAGCAGCCUCUCUGCCUCCUCCCAGGGGAGCUACCUGAGCAGGCAGAGGUGCCAGGCGUGGAUCAGAUCCUCCUGCAGGGGCCUUUUCCUACAGGAGCUACAGUGUUGUGCAUCUCCGACAAUCAGGAGGAGAGCCCCUCUGAGCUCCUAAAAGACUCCUCGUCUCUGCUGUACUAUCAGCUUAGCCCCAUCGAGCCCGGAGCCUUUGAGUCGCUGCCGAGGGCAGAGGAAGACGACCACGAUGAGCUCUUGCAGAGAGGAACUGAGCUGAAAAAGAGGAAACAAGAUGGAGUAGAGAAGCUGAAGGCUGAUGGGCAUGAAGACAAAGUUAGCUCGCAGAAUGUGGAUGAAUGUUUGACCGGUGCGAUUCUGCACUCAGAGGAGGAGGAGAAGCAUGGAAGUCUUCAAAAAAAUGUCCUGAAAGAGCAGCGCCAGAAGGAGUCCGUCUCGGAGACACAAGUCCCUCCGCUGCCUCCUGAAGUUUAACUUUAACUUCUCUGCAGAUGUUUUGCACAAUAGCUUCAUCUAAGAUGAGUAAAUGACAUAUUCCACAUUAAUCCAUCUAUCAUCUAGAUUAACUACAGGCUGUAAUCUCCUAUAGUCUCAUUAACGUAUGUGCAGCAUAAGCUUGAUGGUUCUAAUAAAUGAGACGAGCGAUGCUGUCGGCACACACAGAUCACUCCCUAGAAGUAAUACAAGUUUUGGUAUGAAAAGACAACACGGUGGGGACUUCUGUGGGGGAGGGGGAGGGGGGGGGAGCCUUAUUGGGAACACAUAAAAUCACUUGAGUCAAUUCUGAUGCAACACAGCAAACAGAAACAGUGUGUAACGCUGAAAUCAGCCUUGAGUUAGGUUGGUGCAUAAAGCAAUCGGCACUGAACACAAACUAGAUGCCACCCCCACCCCCGUGUGUUCAGCCUGUGCUGCAGUCAUACCAAAUGAAGGUCUCAGAUAGCGUUCUCUGCUAAAGACAGAUUGAAUAAUCCUGGAAAUACUUGUUUCUAUGUACUGUAUAUGCAUCUGCAAUGUGCAAGAGAGCUGCUUUUUCUGAUCUGUGUGCACAUUGUGAGCUGAAUGCUUCGCUGCUCGGAGUCAUGAAGGUAAAACAGCCCACCGUGGAGCAGCAGGUCAGCGCUGGCCUUAGUUGUGACUAACUCACCUCGAACCGCUCGCACAAAUGCGGCCAAAUUGUCAAACGAAAACAAAAAAAGGUAUAGUUACAGUGCUGAUGACGUCGUAUCUUUAAUUAAUGUGUCUUUUGUGGAUUAGAUGUUGUUGGUUUUAAAGUCGGAAUGCUUGCAGUCUGUGGUUUUUUAUGGAAGGAAAUGUUUGUUUUAAGUUGCUGCAUCAGAGUACCGUGCAGUCAGCGGUGAUGAAAACCAGAGUAGAGCUUCCCAGCCGUUUCUAGAAGAGCUGAUUCUGAAUCGAGCCAAAUCACAUAUGGAGAAUAAAUAAAUUAAAAAAAUGGAUGAAAAGAAACAACAUAAGCAGCUGGAGAAGCUUAAAUUAAACAAUGUGACGGUACGGGGCACCGACUGUAAAAGAAAACAUUAAAAAAAUUUUCAUCUAUAUUAGAUUAUAUUUAGCUUCCCGUAAUAAUGAUUAAAAACAAACUGUUAUGAUAAAGUAAAAAAAAUAUAAAUGUUUAGAAUUAAAUCUGAAUAAAUAGGGUUAAGUAAAUGUUUAGAACCUGUUUUAAAUAUAUUUAAAUCAGGUUCAUUUUUGGGUUUAAAUCUUAAUUCAGACUGCUGUAAUUAAAGUAAAAGCUCCUAUCACAUUCCUCAGAAGAUCUUGAGUCGGUGUGUAUUAUCCAUGUGCGUGAGGAACCCUGCAGGAAAACUGAUAAAUGAUCAGUGGUUGAUUGAGCUCACACAGGCUCGCCAUCAGAGAGAUUCACACAUAAAGGGGAUCUGUUCUUCCUGCUUUUAUUUUGGUAGGCGACUUUCACUUUACAGCCACUAAUUGUGGAGUCUAAAACAUUUAAAAUUAGAUUCGAAAAUUUAUGUUUAAAUGUGAAUCUAAACAUUUACAUUUGAUUAAAAUUUAAAUAUUUAGUUUAAAAUUGAAUCUACACUUUAAAUGUAAUUGAUACCAUUUAGGUUUAUUUUUAAGAAAUUAGACAUAAUGUCAUUUACUCCCAAUUUUGUUAUCAGCUCAAUGCAACAGAAUUAAGCUGUUAAUUUUUACAACCAGCGCCCCAUAUGAUGUUAACUAUUAAGCUUUUUAACACGGUUGUGUGUGUAUGCCUUUACUUUACAGUUGUAGGUCUAUGUCAGAGCGAAAGAUGUGUGUGAGUGUGUAUGUGUGUAUGUGUCAUUACGUACCUCAUUUGGGUUCUCAGUCGAACUACAUAUUUUAAAUUUGAAGGCGCUGAUGUUACAGAUGUUGGAUUUUUAUUUGCCCGCCAUCAAGAGAAAGGAUUCUCACUCAGAGCCUCUUGUAGGAACGCAAUAGCUACCGCACCGCAGCUCAUUAGUAUGUUGGUGAUGGAUGGAGAUGUUUUGUGAUCGAGUAUGUAAACACAACUGUAUAACAUAGCUGGUCUUUAAAUGUGUUUUCUAAGCUCCGUCUGGUUAACACUGAUCUGCGUAAGCGAGCCGACACUUCUUACACAAAAUCAGUCCUUUGUUUUGUUGCCUAAAACUCCUGCUGCUGCCGCCGGCGACAGCUCGCCUAACACAGGAUGUGCUGCUGUGUAUAAGCUGUCAGACGUAUUUCUUUAGCCUUUUAUUUGUUAUUGUCUUAAUAUAAUCUUGCUUAAGAGCUGCAACAAAGCUGUGGUUUCAAACCUAAAUAAAAGAUGCUGCCACGCAUCAGACUGUGACAAAGCAGUCUCCUGUAGUUAUUGUGAGUCUGAAGAACUAUUGUGGCUCUUUGUGUUUGAACAGAACACCGUCUUUGAAGUGAUAAUAAUUACAAGCUGCGUGUCGUUGAGCUUUCUGUCUUUGGCUUUCUCCUAACAGAAUUAGGUUUGGAACCGCUGCAGUGAGUGAUCUCGUGCUCUCUGUGAUUGUGUGUUUCACUGUGUGAAAGACGUGCGUGUGACUGUGGAGAGGACUGGUAUGUUUAGACUUCAUCUAAUAGCUGUGAGAACUGCUCUCAUGCUAACUGUUGCCUAAAGUGGACAAAAGGUUUUUAUACAAAAGUGAAAACAAUAAAACACUCUCUAAACAUU